AUGUCCUCAUACAGGGUCCCAGAGUCGCAGCGGAAGACGCGGGAGCAUCGGCCACACGAUGACAGAGAUGACUGGGAGGAUGAGGAUGUGGUCACACCCAUCAUGGACGACGACCAAGUGCUCAUCAUGGACAAGACGGCCGCGCCCAGCCCACUGAAGCUGAACAAGCCCGCAUCGACGAGACUUUCCCAGCCUCGAUACUCUGUCCAAAAACUGAAGCGUUUGAAAUCACGCCAACGACAAAAGGCACAAAACGCAAAGGCCGGUAUCAAAGUGGUGACGGACAUGACGACGCUGCAACAACAACAAACCGCCCAACAGAACCGGAACCCCGACUUGCAACAGCCUAAAUUCGUCGAUGCCGCCGCCCUCAGAGCUCUCGAGGGAUCGCCCAACUCUGCUUCAGUCGGCAACUGGAAUUGGCUGAAGAAGAAGACCGACCACGUUGGCAAGUCCCCUCAAAGCGCCAGCCGCAGCCCGCUCGAGCAAGACCUGUCCCCCAACGACCGCCCAAUCGUCAUCGGAAUCGCAUUACCACCAGACAUGGCCGACCGGGAAAUCAGCCCCCAGACAGCCGUUCUAAAGACGCCUCAUGACUUGCCGCCCGGAUAUGCCAACAAACAUUCGGUGACAAGCAAACCAGACACCGUCACACCCUUGACUCCCUCGCAGCAAAGAUCAGUCUGGAGUCCCGACACACCCGACACCACAUCCCCUUUCCAGUCUCCGCACCGCUCAUCCAGUAUCUACUCCCAAGCCACUGGUCUCGGGGUCCGCGUCGCCCGUGAUGCUCCCCCAGUUCCCUCUGUACCCUCCACUUAUAAACAGCCGGAGAGAGUGGUCAGUGUUGUUCUGAAGGAUAAUGAAGAAGAAGACAACGACGGAGGCAGCCCGUGCACAUUGUUCGAAGAAGACGGAGCGGCGGCCUCGAACUGCCGAAGGUCAACAAAGACCAAGGAGGUAGCAAAGAGUCCGGACAGCGCAGCUACUCAGACACGUGGUUGGUGGGAUCACAUCACAACGCCCUUUCUUGAGAGGAAGAGUCCCGUUGUUCAGAACAACUCUGAGUCGCAGCCAGUCAAAGCAGCAGAGCAUGGUGACUAUGGUAGCGAAAAGGAUACAAACAUGCCCGCCUACAAACCCAGAGACUCCGGGCCUGGGAUUAUCAAGCCAUCGCAGAUUCAACCCACCACCAUACAGAGACCCGGUCUUCCGGCAUCACCUAAACCAUCAGCACGCAAUUUCCAGACGCCGAUCGUCAAAAUACCUACACCGAGGAGAACCCCAUCACCAUUAAUGGACAGACGUGAUCCAUCCCCCACGGCCUCCUCUCGCUCAGCAACCCCGAGACUGCAAGUUCAGUCAGAGAAGGUCUCUCUCGCCGAGCCCAGCCCUGCUAUUUCAGAGCAGCCACCCCCUUACUCGCCGCCGCAGCAGCAGAAAGCUGUCAGGUAUCGGGCUGUCUUCCCUACAGGUCAUCCCUUGCAAGCGCUCUACCCGCCGUCUCCGGGGCCAAUCUCACCAGCUAUCAACGGCACAAUGAGCUCACAGGGCGGUAUCAAAAUGACCGAUAUUCCCUUGACACCAUCAACUGGAGGCAAUGGAUUCGCUCCGAGCACACAGGUUCGUCUCCCGGAAAGACUCGCCGGCACGUUCAUCCCCGGCGAGCAUUUUCUUGAAGCAUCAGGAAACGGUCAUCGGGUCGAGCGCGAGCGCCGACGUCACGAGAGGGAGGAAAUGACAGCUCGUAAAAUCGGGGGCUUCUGGAGAGGUCGUUGGUGCAUACCUGCAAGUGGCUGCUACGGUCGCAGUGGCCGCGAAGGCCGCAAGAGAAGACGUGUGUGCCUGGGAGUAUGCGGAGUCGGUCUUGCACUGAGCAUCCUUACCAUCGUUCUCUGCAUUACGCUCAUCCCGCGCAACAAUAACUCUGCGCAAGUUGACAGCAUCUUUGUCAAUCUGACCGACUUCCCUCCGAUGCCUACUGGAGUUCUUUCAGUGGUAGGCCCGGACAACACCGCGGCCGUGACUGGUUGCAGCAGCCCUUCGACUGUUUGGAGCUGCGCGCUUCCCAAGGAAGAACACAAUUCAGUGGCCCCCUAUCGCGCCAAUCAGCCGACAUUUAUCAUGCAUAUCCAGUGGGACAACGACACUCGCAAUCUGUGGCAUGUACCUAACGGAGAGCUGCCUCGACCUGGCUCUAGUUCCCAGAAGCGGGGGUCGAGCUUUGGUGGAAUCAUCUCUAGAGCUAGAUCAUACAUCCGGAGGCAAGGUUCAGCUUUCUCCCCGAGCCCAACCCCUCCCGCCUUCGAGGAACUAUACUUUCUCGGAAAUACGACGGAUGGAAUCGAGUCUGCCGAGAAGGCGGGCGAGCCAACGCCAUUCUACCUCAGCGUCCUCAAAUCUGGAAACGAAUCAGUUGGAUCCAGUGCCCUGGAUAGACGUCAGAACUUGGAGGAGCCCUCAGGAGAUAUUUCCAUCUCUCUACCUCCUCCAGACCUCGAAGGAGACGGCACCGGAGCCCCCGCUCAACUCUUUCCCCACGUCUCCCAGCAACCAGUCCGCCUCUACGACCGCGGACUACCGACCGAGCACUAUGGCUUUUACAACUACUUCAAGCGCACCAUCUACCUCAAGUCCGUCACCACACCUAACGGCACCGAAGACGAGAGCAACGUUCCCCUUGACACGAACGGUGGCUCUCGUCGCAGUGAGGCCAAGUUCCUCGUGACGUGGUCUCAGACGCGCUUUCUUGUGCAGAUAUGGACCCGCUCCACGAACAGUACGCAGCUCUUGGCCUCCAACGACGGCGAGAGACCUGGUACGAUGCCCUACCCCGUUACCGUGAAGAUGGACACCCACGGCGGUCGGUCGGGGGAGAAGUUUGUGUGGCACUGGUCCGUGAACGAUCGUCAGGGAAUCGACACGGCGAACCCCAAACUCCUACCCAACGAUAUUGGCUUUGGUGGCGCGAUGGUGAACCCGCGCAAAGAUAGGGACGCAUCGUUCGGGGGGUUUGACGGUGGUACGGAUGACCUUGCCUUCACUCUUCAGCAAGAUUGCGACAACAACAAGAUCACAAAACAGGACACAGAAGGCAAACGAAAACUGGACUGGGAAACAGACUGGGAAACAAAGGGUCGAAUAUUCCAAGACAAAACUGGCCGAAAACUGCCAAAAAUCGCCACGCCCCUUUGGUUAAACAGCGCACCCGUUGGACUUUCUGAUCGUUUAUGA